AUGUCUCAAUAUUUACCAACCGGAGGAUUUAAAUGGGUAUCUAAUCAAUUUAUAAAAACAACUCAACCAUUAGUGCAGAAAAUUUUAUCAUUAAAAGAAAAUUCAAAUCGAGGAUGUUGUUUAGAAGUUAAGUUAUCAAUUCCAAAAGAAUUACAUCUCAAUUCAAAACAAAAAGAAUGGACAGGUAAACAAUAUCCAGAUUCGGAAAACCUUAUAUUAACUUUUCAUAAUAAAGAUAAUUAUGUUAUUCAUUAUAGAAAUUUACAGCAAUGCAUAAAGGAAGGCUAUAUUCUUGAAAAAGUAUAUCGGAUUCUAGGAUUUAAUCAAUCUUUAUGGAUAGAACUAUAUAUAGCAAUGAAUACUCAACGAUAUGCAAAAGCAAAGAAUGCGUUUGAAAAAGACUUCUGGAAAUUGAUGAAUAAUUCAGUAUUUGGGAAAACUAUGGAGGAUGUGAGAAAGCGAGUGAAUAUAGAUUUGGUUCGUCAG